AUUCACAUGUAAGGGUGUCUGCAGCCGCUAUUUACAAGAUCUCCGUUACCAUGUCUGAUAGAGGCACAGGUUCAGGUUGUAAAAGAAGUCGACCAGAAGACUGGGGUGAGAUUGAUCCUUCCCCAGUUGUUCAUGUCCGUGGUCUGCCGAGACAUAGUGUGGAAUUUGAUGUCGUCAAAGCAUUUGAGUCUUAUGGACGUAUUCGUGACGUAACAAUGAUGCCUCAGAAAAAACAAGCUUUGGUUGAGUUUGAAGAUAUAUCAUCAGCUGAAGCUCUUAUAGAAAGAAAUCCCGAAGUGAAAAUUCUGAAUAGCCUGGUUCAAAUCAGUUUCAGCACAUCAAAACACAUAGUUCAGCGAGCUGCAAAUAGAGUUCCUACCGAUGAACAAAGUUCGCUUUCAGCAGAUAAUCAUAUCCUUCUGUUUACAAUUUACGAUACUGAUCGUCCUAUAACUGUUGAAACAAUUUAUCGAAUAACAUUUUCGUACGGUAGUGUCCUUCGAAUAGUCAUCUUUCGGAAAUCCCAGGUUCAAGCAAUGGUGGAGUUUGGAAGUGUACAAGAAGCACGUAAUGCAAAGCUCCAUUUGAAUGGUGCAGAUAUUUUCCCAGGAUGUUGUACUCUAAAGGUAGACUAUGCUCGUCCAGCUCGAUUAUCUGUGCCCAGGAAUGAUCAAGAUAACUGGGACUUCGAGAAAUGCGAACGUGACCCAUUCUGUAAUUUUCAGGAUGGUCAUUACCAAAAUUCGCUUCUCGGUUAUAUGGAUGAGGGUCAUUACGAUUACGAACAUCCUUAUAGGCAGUAUCCUUACGAAGAUUCAAACGAUUACGGACACCAAUACCCCUCAGAAUGUAAGAACAUACCUGUGGGACCUCACAAUAUUCCUGCACUAAAUGGUGCUCAAAAUAGGAAUAGAAAUUCUAACUCCACGGCAGUGGUUAUGCUGUACAAUAUCGAUAUGAAGAAAAUGAACUGUGAUCGCGUAUUCAAUAUUUUGUGUAUUUAUGGCAACGUCAUCCGUGUUAAAUUUCUCCGUACUAAAGAAGGUUCAGCUAUGGUUGAAAUGGGCGAUGUUGAAUCAGCUACCCGCCUUAUCCGAAAUCUGUCAGGUGUUUCGUUUAUGGGCAACCAGUUAAUGGUACGAACUAGUAAGCAAGAUGUCAUUUUGGAUGUUUCUAGUCCAUUCCAGUUGCCCGACGGUUCUCCUUCUUUUAAAGAUUACAGCAAAGAUCGUAAUAACAGGUAUACUACAGCAAUCAUGGCUAAAAAGAAUCGUAUUCAUCCACCUUCACGUACGCUGCACUACUGGAAUGCUCCUCCUAAAAUUUCGAAUAAUGAGUUAUUAGAGUUCGUGAGAAAAUGUGAAGCCCCUGAACCUCAACGUAUUGAACAGUUUUCAAAAGCUUCGGAUAAAUCCUCAUCUGGUUUUAUAAAAUGGACUACAGAUGCCGAAGCAUGUGAAGCUUUGGCUUUAUGUAAUCAUCAACCCAUUAAAGAUGAAGAAUGUACAUAUCCGUUUACCAUUAAGUUUGCAUUCGCGAGUCCUAAUUUAUCUGCUGAACCGAUUCAUGUUGGAAGUGAUAAGAACAAUGAGGAAAAUGGACGAAAUCAUACAGAAUAAUUUUAGUGAGUUCUAUUGUUCUGACUUGAAAUUCCACUAAUUUACUUACGUUUAACCAGUAAGUAAUGCUAAAUAAACUUGAAAUUCCAUAUAUAAAUGAAACAUGAUAUUUAUAAUAUUAUCUGGUUAGUUAAGAUUCUUCAACUUCAUUUGAAUUGUGAAUAUCUCUCAUUAUAGAUCACAUUACAUUCUUAAGGCUAUAUUGAGGCAAUACGCACAGUUUGCACAUAUCCCAAUUAGAGACUGACCAGUUGCAGUCCUAACACAUCGAUGGGAAAAUUCAAACAAACAAUACUAAGUGAAUUCAUAUUACAUUCUGUUUUAUUAAGUAGUAUAAACUUGAUAUAACAUCUAGCAUUAUUAAUACUCAAUCUGUAGUAUAUUUAAUUGUUUGUUUCAUUUCUCCUAUCGUCACUUUAGUUUCUUUUUAAAUUUUACUUUCAACUCAUCGCUGCUAGGAACUAAGGAGAACUAGUAAAAAAUAUUGUAUUAUGACAGUACAAUUGGUCAAAAUGAAUAUGAAUAAGCGGUCUUAAAUUAGUUUGACCACAAAACUGUGUCCUAAAUCUAAACCGAAUAGAUUUUGAAAAACCAACUGACUAGGUAUACAAAAUAUUCAAUUAAAAUAGCAUAACAAUAGAUUAAUUAUAUAAGGGGAAAUAACUGACAAUAUAACAAUGAAGCACAGACAGCCCUACUGACAAUUCUUCAUUUAUAUCUGAGGCACAGUAAUUUAUUUUAUUGUCGAAGGAGUUUCUUAACAUAACUAAUUUCCAACAGGUGAUAUAUAUAAAUGUUCACUUAAAGUUUGCUUGUCUGUCAUUAGAUGUUAUUUGUGUCUUUAUUGAAAGGAAAUUUUAACUUCACCUGUUUACCUUUACUUAUGCGAAUAUAACACUCUUAGCUUGACCAUAUUUUUUAAGAAUAUCUCCACAACCAAAGUAAUCACCUUCGUAAUUAAUUUACUUUACUUAGAGAUCAUUAUAUUAUCGAUCCUAUAUAUCUCAAUUGAUCAUCAUCAUCAUUAUCAUCACUGCACAAAACUGAACAUGCCAUCAUUAAUCAUCAGUCAGCACGGCAUCAUAUGCAGGAUAUUCAUAAAACCAUUGUUUCAUCAAAACAUAAAUGUAAUUGUAGUAUUCAGGUUUUGUUUUCUGUGUCAUUUUGUAUCCUCCUGGUCUCAUCAAAUAUUGUUCAUUAAUUUUUGUGUAUUCUAAUUCAUAUUCUAAUGCAUACGUAGUUAAUUAUAGUCUAUGAUUUACUUGGUCUUCUCUUUCUUUUUCUGUUAUGUUUUCAGUUCUAUCGUGUUAUUGUUCGCCUCUUUUUUUUGUCAAAUAUAUGCAUUAUUAUUUG